AGCUAACAUGUCUGCGCACAAUCAGACUUGUUGUUUUAGUCCAUUUUAGUCGCAAUAUUAUUCAUUAUUGUAUAAAUCGGCAAUCACUGUGUUAUUAUAGCCUAUUUAGGGUUCAAUCGUUGGAUAAGAGUAUUGCAUACGCAUUGGGGAGUUUAUGCUAGCACUGUCAAAACAUGGAACAACAGACUAACGUUGACUGUUUGUUUUUUGGCUUUGAAAUCAGCACCCAGCAGGUAAAGGUGAUCAUUGUUGACAAUGAGCUGAAUAUUCAAUACAAAGACACUAUUCUGUUUGACACAGAGCUACCGGAAUUCAGUACCCACGCUGGUGUCCACAUACACGAUGAUAGACUGACCGUUACAACACCAACUGCAUUAUGGGUGAAGGCCAUCGAUUUAGCUUUAACCAAGAUGAAGCGGUCUGGGGUCGACUUUGCCAGGAUUGCUGCAGUGUCUGGUACUGGGCAGCAACAUGGAAGCGUCUACUGGGCGAAAGAAGCCAGGGCCACUCUGCAGAAUCUUAAGGCUGAGAAAACAUUGCAUGAUCAGCUGUCGGCAUCGUUUAGUAUACCAGAUUCACCACUAUGGAUGGACUCCAGUACAGACAAAUGGUGCAGACGUUUAGAGAGCCAGCUAGGCGGUGCUCAGAGGUUAGCCUUCAUCACCGGUAGCUCGGCACAGACACGACUGACUGGAAACCAGAUUGCAAAGUUAUACGAGACUGAAUCGAUGGGAUUCAGCAAUACCGAGCGCAUUUCCCUGGUGAGUAGCUUCGGAGCGUCGAUCUUCCUCGGAGACUACGCGCCGAUCGAUUAUUCGGACGGCUCGGGAAUGAACCUGCUCGACAUCUGGACGAAGAAGUGGAGCACAGAAUGUCUGCAGGCGUGCGUACCUGAUGGAAGUUUGGAAGCAAAGCUCGGAGCCCCUGUUCCAUCCCACAGUGAUGUGGGUCCGAUCAGCCAAUACAUGGUCGACAGAUAUGGCUUCCAUCCGAAAUGUCGUGUUAUUGCAUUCACCGGUGAUAAUCCAGCCUCUCUGGCAGGACUGUUGUCGGGGAAUCGUGACAUCAUACUUUCUCUUGGGACCAGUGACACGGUGUUUGCUAGCCUGGACAAGCCGAACCCGCAUGAAUCCUGCUCGGCAAUUUUGGUGAAUCCAACCAAUCAGUACACCUACAUGGGCAUGCUCGUAUGGAAGAACGGGUCGUUGACGAGGGAGAAGAUCAGAGACAGUUGUGCUGAAGGAUCAUGGGAUACAUUCGACCGUCUUCUGAAAUCGACCCCAGCAGGAAACAAUGGCCACAUCGGCAUUUACUUUGAUGAGCAAGAGAUUACACCGUGUGCCAACGGCGUGUACAGGUUCAACAACCAGAAUGCACUUGUUUACGGUUUUUCCGCCGAGGUUGAGGUCAGAGCGGUCAUUGAAGGACAGAUGCUGGCCAGACUGUCUUACUGUGGAGACCUGGGAGUAGAGAUACGUGAUGACACGAAGAUCAUAGUGACAGGUGGUGCCUCGUCUAAUGAAGCCAUACUACAGGUCGUCGCUGACGUGUUCGGAGCGCCCGUCUACGUGACGUCGGAGCCAAACUCUGCCUGCUUGGGGUGCGCGUAUCGAGCGAAGCACGGUUGGAUUAAUUCUAGAAGCACAUAUAUACCCUACUAUGACGUGGUAACGAUGUCAAAGCUCAACAUGGCAGUUGCAGCGCAGCCAAAUCCAGAUGCAACCAAGCUAUAUAAGUCUAUGGUUCAGCGGUACAAGAAACUUGAGGAACAAAUCGUGAGGCACUAGAACGCUGUAGCAGCAACAUCAACAUGAGCAGCAGCAGCAACAGCAAUAGAUCUAGCAGCUGUGGCAGCAGCAGCAGCAGUAGGAGCAGUAGCAGCAUUAGAAGCUGUGGCAGCAAUAGCAGCAACAACCAUAACAGCAUUAGCAGUAGCUGCAGUAUAGUCGCGUUAUUGGAUUAACUGCUUGUAUUCAAGAGAGUGCAGAGAAUUUUGAAGAAAUCGUGUUAAUUCAAUUUGCAAGCUCAAAACAUUCCUCGUAAACAUUGCUAAUUCAUACUGCUACACCUUUUAUGUAAUAUUAAACAUCCAGCAAGAUUGCGUGAAAUUCAAUUAUAGUUUUACAAUAUCCUGACAAAAUAGGAUCUAUGUCAACACAUUGAAGUGCUAAUUAUAGAAAUUAUGUUGCUAUAGAAACCGUAAAUGAGAUUAAAUAGAGAGAAGCUAUAACGUUAGGCAUCCUUGGUGAUAGGAAGGCUAUAAUUUUUUUAUAUUGCAAGUUGACAUUAAAUUGAAUCAUAGAAAUUGUCUCGACUUGUUAUGAGCGGGCAUGAUCCUUUGUAAUAUAAAGUCUAUUUUUUCACAUUGCACGUUAACGUUACAUAUUAAUAUAUUUUCCUCUACAAAGAUCAUAGAAAUUGUCUGCACUUAUUAUGAGAAAUUGAUGUGUGCAGUGCAUCCAGCUAUAAGGCUAUAUAUGUGAACUUUACAUGUAUAGUUGAAAUAAGAUGGACCCAUUAACAUAAUCAGUUUAAUUCCAACCAUUUAGUUCCAAUUCUAUCCUCCAUUUAUUUUGUGAUUCAUGAAUUACUGUGCAAAAUAAAUUCUACAUUUAUUAA